GCAUUUAAAAGAAGAACAAUGGGAGGUUGCCCUUUGAAUCCCCCAUCAGCCGAUCACAACAAACAAAGAGCCCAAAACAUAAACAAAUGGCUUGGAAUUGGAACACGUUUGACUGGGACAACACAACCCAUCGGUUCUUUGCGCUAUGCUACUUGGCCGAUAUGAUCGUUUGGCUCUACCGAAUCGCAACGCGAUUCCAGCUCUUCCCUAAAUCCGAGCCUUACCCUUUCAUUCGAAAAAAGUUUGCCACAACCCUUCUACGAACAAUCGUACUCGUCCUGCAUAUCGGAUCAGGUGUAACGGAGAUUGCUCUCGGAUUCGCUGCGUUCUUUACGGGAAAUGAAAUCCUCGCCAAGAUCAUUACGGUUGCUGCCCUCGCCUUCCAUGUCCCUACCGCCAUCUACAUGACACCAUUUGUGUAUGGAGCCCGCCGUCUCAUGCGCCCGGCUUACAUGGUGAUCAUAUUCUUCCAUGCCUACUGCGCCGUAAAUCUCUGGUUGAACCCAACGUCAACGGAAUGGAUCGUUUCGACCAUCAGUGUUUUGCACACGUACAUUUGGGUUCGGAUCUUUUACUUUAUCUUUGCAAAAACUCAGACGCUUCCCAGUGGCCCCUACACCCUCUCGGUUGUCUUUGCCGGAUACGUCACCUUGCCUUACUUUCCCCGCAACGUUGCAAAAUACUCGACAGAUCUCCUCGUCACAACCUUCACCUUGUCGUACGUGACCGUAGAGUUCCUCGUGUACAAGCACAUUUUAAAGUACAGCGGAAAGAAAUUGGUAUCAACGGAAUUUGAUAUCGAUGACGCGGACCAUGAGUUGGUUAUCAAGUAUGAGACACGGCGGAACGACAAGCAUGAUGUAAUUACUAUCGAGACUAUUACUGUGAAAUAGGUUGUAUUAUUAUGUAUAUUUAUUAGAGCUGGCUGUUGCGAUGUCUAUUGUACAUAGGGGGUGGGAUUUUAGUGUACAUUGCAUUUGAUUAUUUAAGUUGCUAUACCAAUAGGAACAUGGUUUUUUUGGAGUAAAUAUACUCACUGUUUCAUGG